AGAAGGCGAUGGCGCUGACUCCGAGGUACACGCGUGUGGCGGCGGAAGAGAGCCGUGACGACCUGGCGCUGGUGCGGCACGGCAGCGGCAAGUUCUCUCCUCAGGCCACACAGCGUAGCUUCACGACAGAGGACUUGCCCAGCGCUAAGUCGUUCGUGAGCGUGAAUGAUGCCGCGUUGGAGACGAAGAAGCGCUCGGGCUCCGACAUCUUCGAGAGCAGUCGCAUGGCCAUCAUUAAAGGCAUCCAGGGUGUAGGACUCGACCGAGUGGUGAACUCCGUCCAGAAGGCCUUCACACCCGACGACUCGGAGCGCGUAUUGCGAGCCGAGUGGCUCAUAGUGGAGACGGAAGAGGAGCAACUUCAGCAGCUCCAAGAGGUCGUACACAAGCUUCAAAAAGCCUUCAAAUUCUCCAAUCGACUGCGUACACUCGUCAAAUUAGCCAAUAGUACACUGGCCAAGUGCGAUGAGCUCGUGGAGCGCAGUCAAGCGCAUGUAGAGCAAUGCAACCUCAUGUUCGCCCAAUGUGCGACCGAGACCGCAACUCUGACGGACUAUUUGAGUAAAUUACGGGAAGCUGUGAUCCCACCUCUGCAGACCAAGGACCAUAAUGAGGAGAAGAGAAAUGCUCGACGAGCGGAGUGGGCGCUAGCGAGGAUGGCCCAGUGUGCGAAGUCGAUGGUGUCGGAGAUGAGAGAGAGUUUGGAUGAUCUGGAUGACUUGACAACUGAGUGCACCAAGUUGAUGGUGCAAAGUAUCACGCUGCUACAUAUGAGAGGGCGAUCUGCAGACUUUAGUGGCACGGGUGUGGCUGCAGGUGCCGCUGGUGUGGUGGCUGGAGCCGUCGUGGGUGUCGCUGGAGUGGUAGCUGCUCCAGCGACAAGUGGACUGAGUGUACCCAUUUCACUUGCUGGCAAGAGUUUGUUCCUUUCGGGGAUUGCGGCGUUGACACCGUCCAGUAUCAUGCUCACCCGUCAAAGCCAGCAACUCAACGGAUUGUCGUCGCUAGUGGUGAAUCUCAAGUCGUGUUUGGAGAUUAUGAACCAGAAACGGGACGAAAUGGCAGUGGCAUUCGCUGCGGUGGAAAGUCUGGAUCUAGAUAUCAAGCAAGCGACGGACUUUUGCCAAGACGCGAUUGAGCUGGAGAGCUCCAUUUACGAGAACUCGUGGGGCUUUAUUGAAGAUAUCAGUGUAAAGCUUAUGACUUUCAACCGGUCGGUGGAGCUCUUCCAGGCAUCGCCGAGUAUCUGGCACUUUUGCAAGUCCGAAGACGCCAUGUACCAGUACUUGCUGGCUGAAGAGGAAGAAAACUGAAAAUUCUGGCUGCUAUAGUAGGAAAAUGUGAUUGGGAACGGAGGAGUUCGUUCUCAAGCAUUACCCAGGACUACGAUAGGCGUGGACACAGUCGUCCACCUUCAUUUUGUACAUGUAGCCAUUUUGCUUCGUGCAAAAUAGAACAUACCCACUUUUGUCAAUCGAA